AGACGUGUCAGAAUGGUCCCAGCAGGUCAGAUGUGUUAGUAUGGUCCCAGCAGGUCAGAUGUGUUAGUAUCAUCCCAGCAGGUCAGAUGUGUUAGUAUGGUCCCAGCAGGCCAGAUGUGUCAGUAUCGUCCCAGCAGGCCAGAUGUGUCAGUAUCGUCCCAGCAGGCCAGAUGUGUCAGUAUCGUCCCAGCAGGUCAGAUGUGUCAGUAUCGUCCCAGCAGGUCAGAUGUGUCAGUAUGGUCCCAGCAGGUCAGAUGUGUCAGUAUGGUCCCAGCAGGUCAGAUGUGUUAGUAUGGUCCCAGCAGGUCAGAUGUGUCAGUAUGGUACCAGCAGGUCAGAUGUGUCAGUAUCGUCCCAGCAGGUCAGAUGUGUCAGUAUCGUCCCAGCAGGUCAGAUGUGUCAGUAUGGUACCAGCAGGUCAGAUGUGUCAGUAUCGUCCCAGCAGGUCAGAUGUGUCAGUAUCGUCCCAGCAGGUCAGAUGUGUCAGUAUGGUCCCAGCAGGCCAGAUAGACGUGUCAGUAUCGUCCCACCAGGCCAGAUAGAUGUGUUUCUGUAUCGUCCCAGCAGGCCAGAUAGAUGUGUCAGUAUCGUCCCAGCAGGUCAGAUGUGUUAGUAUCGUCCCAGCAGGCCAGAUGUGUCAGUAUCGUCCCAGCAGGCCAGAUGUGUCAGUAUCGUCCCAGCAGGCCAGAUGUGUUAGUAGCAGGUCAGAUGUGUCAGUAUCGUCCCAGCAGGCCAGAUGUGUCAGUAUCGUCCCAGCAGGCCAGAUGUGUCAGUAUCGUCCCAGCAGGUCAGAUGUGUCAGUAUCGUCCCAGCAGGUCAGAUGUGUCAGUAUGGUCCCAGCAGGUCAGAUGUGUCAAUAUCGUCCCAGCAGGCCAGAUGUGUCAGUAUCGUCCCAGCAGGUCAGAUGUGUCAGUAUGGUCCCAGCAGGCCAGAUAGACGUGUCAGUAUCGUCCCAGCAGGACAGAUAGAUGUGUUAGUAUCAGGUCAGAUGUGUUAGUAUGGUCCCAGCAGGUCAGAUGUGUUAGUAUGGUCCCAGCAGGUCAGAUGUGUCAGUAUCGUCCCAGCAGGUCAGAUGUGUCAGUAUCGUCCCAGCAGGUCAGAUGUGUCAGUAUGGUCCCAGCAGGUCAGAUGUGUCAGUAUCGUCCCAGCAGGUCAGAUGUGUCAGUAUCGUCCCAGCAGGUCAGAUGUGUCAGUAGCAGGUCAGAUGUGUCAGUAUGGUCCCAGCAGGUCAGAUGUGUCAGUAGCAGGUCAGAUGUGUCAGUAUGGUCCCAGCAGGUCAGAUGUGUCAGUAGCAGGUCAGAUGUGUCAGUAUCGUCCCAGCAGGUCAGAUGUGUCAGUAUCGUCCCAGCAGGUCAGAUGUGUCAGUAUCGUCCCAGCAGGCCAGAUGUGUCAGUAUCGUCCCAGCAGGUCAGAUGUGUCAGUAUCGUCCCAGCAGGUCAGAUGUGUCAGUAUCGUCCCAGCAGGUCAGAUGUGUCAGUAGCAGGUCAGAUGUGUCAGUAUCGUCCCAGCAGGUCAGAUGUGUCAGUAUCGUCCCAGCAGGUCAGAUGUGUCAGUAUCGUCCCAGCAGGUCAGAUGUGUCAGUAUCGUCCCAGCAGGUCAGAUGUGUCAGUAUCGUCCCAGCAGGUCAGAUGUGUUAGUAUCGUCCCAGCAGGCCAGAUGUGUCAGUAUCGUCCCAGCAGGCCAGAUGUGUCAGUAUCGUCCCAGCAGGCCAGAUGUGUUAGUAGCAGGUCAGAUGUGUCAGUAUCGUCCCAGCAGGCCAGAUGUGUCAGUAUCGUCCCAGCAGGUCAGAUGUGUUAGUAGCAGGUCAGAUGUGUCAGU